AUGGCAACGCAAGACUCUUCUCUCCCGGACGAACUUCGACUGGCCACCGCUGCCCAUGUCAAGUAUGUCCAAAGUCUCGACACAAGAAAAGAGGAUUAUGAGUACUGGUUGACAGAGCACCUGCGGCUCAAUGGUGUUUACUGGGGUCUCGUGGCACUUCAUCUACUCGGCCAGCCAGACGCUCUACCACGGGAUGCGACCAUAGAAUUUGUGCUUUCUUGCCAGCACGACAACGGUGGCUUUGGGGCCGCCCCGGGGCACGAUGCACAUAUGCUCUCUACAGUCAGUGCUGUACAGAUACUGGCCAUGGUUGAUGCGCUUGACGAGUUGGACAAGAAAGGAAAGAGCAGGAGGCAGGUAGGCAAGUUCAUUGCAGAUCUACAGAACCGGCAAACAGGCACGUUCGCUGGGGAUGAGUGGGGUGAAGAAGACACGCGAUUUCUUUAUGGAGCACUGAACGCACUGUCAUUGCUGGGGCUGCUUGAGCUGGUCGAUGUGGGCAAGGCCGUCGACCAUAUUGUCGCCUGUGCCAACUUCGAUGGGGGCUAUGGCAACCGCCCGGGUGCAGAGUCACACUCGGGCCAGAUUUUUACCUGCGUCGCUGCGCUGUCGAUAGCCGGCAGGCUGGACCUUGUGGAUACAGAUAAGCUAGGCCGCUGGCUGAGCGAGAGACAGAUUGCGGGAGGCGGACUAAACGGCCGCCCGGAGAAGCAGGAGGACGUAUGUUACAGCUGGUGGGUGCUCAGUAGCCUGGAGACCAUUGGACGGACGCACUGGAUCGACCGCGAUCAGCUGGCUGCCUUCAUCCUCAAAUGCCAAGACACGGAGAAGGGCGGUAUGUCGGAUCGGCCUGGAAAUCAGGUCGAUGUCUUCCAUACAUGCUUCGGCCUGGCUGGGCUUUCACUUCUCAAGUGGCCCGGCUUGGAGGCCGUUGAUCCUGUGUAUUGCAUGCCAAAAGCUACCAUUCAGCGCAUUGUAGGGCGGGCUUAG